GAAGUAGAAUCUAAGCGUAUGAAACUGGCUGGUGAGGUGGUUUGUGUAGUGUCUCUAACGCAGGCUCCUCCAAGGAAACAGGCUUUGCCUAGAAGUUCUUCACCGUGCAGUAUGGAAAACAGCCACUGGAUGGAGCGUUUGAUCAAAGAGCCAGAAAGACACACUUCGGGUAGCUGUAACAGUACGGAGAAGUGUAUUGUUGAAGCAACGGAGAAAUCAACGAAGAAUUGGCAAAUACCAGGACUACCAGAGUUACCCGUUGUGAAAUCUUUAGGAACGCCUGUAAAUUCAACCUUUGAACAUCCCCCCAAAAAAGUCAGCAAAAUUAUACCAAUUUUCAAAGGAAAGUUGAUGCAAAUGAAUGGGAAGACUACAAAUCAAAUGGAGGGGAAGAGAAGAGAAAAUGCUAAAAGACAUUCACCAACAAGAAUUCUGGGUGUUUCAUCUUCUAUGCUGAGUAUGUGCAAGUCCAGCAUGACUCAGGUUUACAAACCCAUUCAAAAUAUGCCUGUCAAAAAUCCUACUCAGAGCAGCACCUUUCAGGUAACAAAUGCAAGAACGUACACAAAGCACACUACACCCAUAUUUCAAUGGAGAGCAGAGUCUGCUGGACAAAGGACUAACUCUGCUUUUUCUGACAACUCAACAUCAGGUGGGAAUUCAAGUGCAGUCCCUCACAAAAAGGCAAGUUCUCCUUUCUUGCUUAAGAACAUUGGGCCAGUGCUUCAGAAAACAAACAUCAGCCUGAGUCUGAAUACAAAUCCAUCUCCUAACUCCAGUGCACAAAGGGGAAAACAGUUUGUGAGUCAAAAUACCACCCACGUUCUUGAGAACCAACACCAGUCAAAGAAAGUACCUUUGCAGAUUUGCAAAUUAGACAAUGAAAUGACAAAUUUUGGGUUAUCACAGCAACAAACAAAGAGAUCAAAUGAGGGAGCAGGGUUAAAUAUUCAUGAAUCUGUCUUAAAUGAUACAACGUGCAUCUCAAAAACUGAGGAAAGUAAAGCAGCGUGCCAUUCUAAGGACUGCAUUGCUAGGACAGCCAGUCGUCUCUCCAACUCUAACUUUGAACAGAUGAUUACAGGGAGUGAGUAUCUGUCAUGUCAAACACUGACCUCAGAACCAAAUUCCUUGGUCAAGGAGAGCAACAUGGAAGCAUCUGUAAAGAAAGCUUGUGCCAGAAGACAGAAAGAAGGAGGUUAUGCAAAGUUAAAGAAAGGCAGAAGAAGUAAGCCUUCUGUUUAG